AUGAAGGCGUGUGCGGUGAUAACGUUAGUGCUUGUAGCAAACACGGCUUACAUCGGUGUCGAGGCAUGGGGUGGCCUUUUCAACCGCUUUAGUCCUGAAAUGCUGUCUAAUCUCGGUUAUGGCAGUCAUGGAGGUUACAUGAACCGCCCUGGAUUAUUGCAACAGUCAAUCCAGGAAGGAUAUGGUGGUAUAUAUGAAGGAGUUGAACCAACGGAAGAACCUUGCUACGAGAGAAAAUGCGCGUAUAAUGAUCACUGUUGCCCAGGUUCCAUUUGUGUAAAUCUCGAUGGAGUUGUUGGAACAUGUGUUUUCGAUUUUGGUAUGAAACAAGGCGAGCUUUGCAGACGGGAUAGCGAUUGCGAAACUGGCUUAAUGUGUGCCGAAAUGCCUGGACGGGAAACAAAAUCGUGUCAACCACCGACCACUUCAAACAAAUUAUACAAUGAGGAGUGCACUAUGUCAAGCGAGUGUGAUAUCAGCCGUGGACUGUGCUGCCAAUUACAAAGGCGACACCGGCAAACUCCUAGAAAGGUUUGCUCGUACUUCAAGGACCCUCUCGUCUGCAUCGGUCCGGUGGCGACGGAUCAGAUAAAGUCCGUGAUCCAAUACACUUCCGGCGAGAAACGGAUCACCGGACAGGGCAACCGCCUAUUCAAGCGGAUGCCAUUCGCCUAAACGCUCGCGCGUCGUCACAACGGAUGGGAAGUAUAUAAGAUAACAUACAGUAUAUAAGAUAAGCUACGAGAAAAUCAAAUCCUCCUUUAGUCGUUGUGAAGAUACCUAGGUCUAAGUCUGUCGAUUCGACAUUACAUUCAAUCUCCUUCCAAGUCCUAACUCUAUUCCAUACCACGAUACACCAGAAAGUAUGAUGAUAGCGUGCGACAAAAGUGGAAUUAAAUAUUACUCGGGGAGAUGUUACUUCGAGGAUGUUUCUUCUUCGAAUAUAGCGCGACUGACAAACCUAUAACACAUAUCAUAGUAAGCCGUCUUAUAGGUCUCUAGGGAUAAGGGACACGCUAGCGUAGUUAUGAUAAGGAAAGUGCGCUGAUGUUUAAGCGCCAUUUGACAAAGAUGUUUCUUAAUGAUAUAAAACUAAGGUGUAAGAGGAAAGCUCGAAAGAAGGUUUAUCUAUCGGUCUACCGGUUGAGCUUUUCUUUCGAACUGUAGAGAAAGUUUAGUGAAGCACUUAAUUGUUCGCGAUAAGUCAUGGUCAUAGAAAUAAGAUAUAAUAAAUGAGAGGCGUGCACAAAGGGAGAAGUAAAGUCCUUGUUAUCGUCGCCGUGUCAACAUUGACUAUUUUAUUUUAUUAAUCAGUGAUAUUUUCGUUAUGCUAAUCUGUAGGAUAUUUCAAAUGAUAAGGUCUAUCUUUCGAAAAUUUUCGAAGCAAUAGAAUAACAGAUCAUGACACACAACAAUGUGGUUGCAUUGCAAAUGAAAUUUCCCUCAAUGCGAGAAAUUUUAAUGUCGAUACCGUGAACGAUAAUUAAAUUGUAAGAGACUGUGCUUUUCAACUGCAUUUUCAUACAUUUUCACUGUAUCAUAAAGUAAAAAUUGAUUUAAAACUUGUUAAUUUCAUAAUAACAAAAAUAAUCUUACGCAAAAAGAUGAUAUACGAGAAGCGUUUCUAACACAAAAUUAAAAUAUAUAUUAAAAUGAA